CUCACUCACUUCUAUACACACAUACACAUUAUCUUGAAGAAGAAAAAAACCGACCCCCAAGCAAACACCCUCCUGGGCAGCGAUCACUGGCACAACAGUAGCCAGGUUCGGUUCCUGCCCCGAAGCGACCGCGGGCUGAGAGCUCCGCCGCUGCCAGCUGGAGGAGAGCGAUGCGGGGGCCCGAGCGGCAGCUCAAACAGUAAUGUGGAUUUACAGUCAUUUCCCGCAGGAACCAGCAAAGACGCCCUAAGUCCAGCGCACUUACAGCACAUCGGCAGAGCUGAGUACCUGGCAAGGAGGCGGGGGACCGCACCUGAGGACAUCACUGAAACUUGCGCCUGGACUAGUCCUUCUACUGCCAUGGAAACUAGAUGGGACAGACAGCGGAGAGUCACUCAUUCAGAACAGGAGCCUCCCUUUUAAUUUCAUGUCAGCCUGUUGGUCCCUGAAAGUAACUGAAAAGGAAUUACAAGAGCGACUUUUAUUCUGUGAAACUUCUCUUCUGGAUCUAACAAGGUACAUUUUAUGAUUGACCAUUUCAGCAAAGACUGUUUUCAUUAAAGAACUUCCUUAUCCUUUUUUCAUGAAACUCAGCUUGCUUAAUCAGAGAUGGAGCAAACAGACUGCAAACCUUAUCAGCCUCUGUCCAAAGUCAAGCAUGAAAUGGAUCUAGCUUAUACCAGUUCUUCUGAUGAGAGUGAAGAUGGGAGAAAACCAAGACAGUCAUUCAACUCCAGGGAAACUCUGCAUGAGUAUAACCAAGAGCUGAGGAGGAAUUACAAUAGCCAGAGUAGAAAGAGGAAAGAUGUGGAGAAAUCUACUCAAGAGAUAGAAUUCUGUGAAACACCUCCUACUUUGUGCUCUGGCUACCACACAGACAUGCACAGUGUUUCUCGGCAUGGCUACCAGCUGGAGAUGGGAUCUGAUGUAGACACAGAGACAGAAGGAGCUGCAUCACCUGACCAUGCACUCAGAAUGUGGAUAAGAGGCAUGAAAUCAGAACACAGUUCCUGUCUGUCCAGUAGGGCCAACUCUGCACUGUCCUUGACCGACACUGAUCAUGAACGGAAGUCUGAUGGGGAAAAUGGUUUUAAAUUCUCUCCUGUUUGUUGUGACAUGGAGGCUCCAGCUGAUUCGGCUCAAGACAUUCAAAGCAGCCCACACAACCAGUUCACCUUCAGACCCCUCCCACCACCGCCACCUCCUCCACAUGCCUGCACCUGUGCCAGGAAACCACCUCCUACAGUGGACUCUCUACAAAGAAGAUCAAUGACUACCCGCAGCCAGCCCAGCCCAGCUGCUCCUGCUCCUCCAACCAGCACACAGGAUUCAGUUCAUCUGCAUAACAGCUGGGUCUUGAACAGUAACAUACCACUGGAGACCAGGCAUUUCCUGUUCAAACAUGGAUCUGGUUCUUCUGCUAUCUUCAGUGCAGCCAGUCAGAACUACCCUCUGACAUCUAAUACUGUCUACUCACCACCACCGAGGCCGCUGCCUCGAAGCACCUUUUCCCGACCUGCCUUCACUUUUAACAAACCAUACAGAUGCUGCAAUUGGAAGUGCACAGCCUUGAGCGCCACUGCAAUCACAGUGACUUUGGCCUUGUUACUAGCCUAUGUAAUUGCAGUACACUUGUUUGGCCUGACGUGGCAGUUGCAACCAGUUGGACAGAUCUAUGCGAAUGGAAUUAGCAAUGGGAACCCAGGGACCGAGUCCAUGGAUACUACUUACUCUCCCAUUGGAGGAAGAGUUUCUGACAAAUCAGAGAAAAAAGUGUUCCAGAAGGGACGAGCAAUUGACACUGGGGAAGUUGACAUUGGAGCCCAGGUCAUGCAGACCAUUCCACCUGGCUUAUUCUGGCGUUUCCAGAUUACUAUCCACCAUCCUAUAUAUCUGAAAUUCAAUAUUUCUUUAGCCAAGGACUCUCUUCUGGGAAUUUAUGGCAGAAGAAACAUUCCACCUACACACACUCAGUUUGAUUUCGUAAAAUUAAUGGAUGGCAAACAACUGGUAAAACAGGACUCUAAGAGCUCAGAUGACAUCCAGCACUCCCCAAGGAAUCUCAUCUUAACAUCACUUCAGGAGACGGGUUUCAUAGAGUACAUGGACCAAGGACCUUGGUAUCUGGCAUUUUACAAUGAUGGAAAAAAGAUGGAGCAAGUAUUUGUGCUAACUACAGCAAUUGAAAUAAUGGAUGACUGCUCAACCAAUUGUAAUGGAAAUGGAGAGUGUAUCUCUGGACACUGUCAUUGUUUCCCAGGCUUCCUUGGACCUGACUGUGCUAGAGAUUCUUGCCCCGUGCUGUGUGGUGGAAAUGGAGAAUACGAAAAAGGCCACUGUGUCUGCAGGAAUGGCUGGAAAGGGCCUGAGUGUGAUGUUCCAGAAGAGCAGUGCAUUGACCCAACCUGCUUUGGCCAUGGUACCUGCAUCAUGGGAGUUUGCAUCUGUGUUCCAGGAUACAAAGGAGAAAUUUGUGAAGAAGAGGACUGCUUAGAUCCAAUGUGUUCCAGCCAUGGCAUCUGUGUCAAAGGAGAAUGUCAUUGUUCUACUGGCUGGGGUGGAGUCAACUGUGAAACUCCACUUCCUAUAUGUCAAGAGCAGUGCUCCGGACAUGGAACUUUUCUUCUGGACACUGGAGUUUGCAGCUGUGAUCCCAAGUGGACAGGAUCCGACUGCUCUACAGAGCUCUGUACCAUGGAGUGUGGUAGCCAUGGGGUCUGCUCAAGGGGAAUAUGCCAAUGUGAAGAAGGCUGGGUAGGACCAACAUGUGAGGAACGUUCCUGUCACUCUCACUGUGCUGAGCAUGGCCAAUGCAAAGAUGGAAAAUGUGAAUGUAGCCCUGGGUGGGAGGGCGACCACUGCACAAUUGCUCACUACUUAGAUGCUGUUCGAGAUGGCUGUCCAGGGCUCUGCUUUGGAAAUGGACGAUGUACCCUGGAUCAAAAUGGUUGGCACUGUGUGUGUCAGGUUGGUUGGAGUGGAACAGGCUGCAACAUCGUCAUGGAAAUGCUUUGUGGUGACAACUUGGACAAUGAUGGAGAUGGUUUGACAGACUGUGUGGACCCAGAUUGUUGUCAACAAAGCAACUGUUAUGUAAGCCCACUCUGUCAGGGAUCACCAGAUCCCCUUGACCUCAUCCAACAAAGCCAGCCCCUCUUCUCUCAGCACACUUCAAGACUCUUCUAUGAUAGAAUCAAAUUUCUUAUUGGCAAGGAUAGUACUCAUGUCGUCCCUCAAGAUAUCUCAUUUGACAGCAGGCGUGCUUGUGUGAUUCGAGGCCAAGUGGUGGCUGUAGAUGGAACCCCUCUUGUGGGAGUCAAUGUCAGUUUCUUGUAUCACAGUGACUACGGCUUUACCAUCAGUCGGCAAGAUGGGAGCUUUGAUCUCGUAGCCAUUGGUGGUAUCUCUGUAGUCUUAAUCUUUGACCGAUCACCUUUCCUGUCUGAAAAGAGAACACUCUGGUUGCCCUGGAAUCAGUUUAUUGUGGUGGAGAAAGUGAUCAUGCAGAGAAUUGUAGCAGACGCACCAUCCUGUGAUAUUUCCAACUUCAUCAGCCCAAAUCCUAUUGUACUUCCUUCACCACUCACAUCAUUUGGAGGAUCCUGUCCAGAAAGGGGAACAAUUGUACCCGAGCUUCAGGUUGUACAGGAGGAAAUCCCCAUUCCAUCCAGCUUUGUGAGGCUGAGUUACCUGAGCAGUAGAACACCUGGGUAUAAAACUUUGCUACGGAUCCUUUUGACACAUUCAACAAUUCCUGUGGGCAUGAUUAAAGUACACCUCACAGUUUCUGUGGAAGGGCGACUCACACAGAAGUGGUUUCCUGCUGCAAUUAAUCUGGUCUAUACAUUUGCUUGGAACAAGACUGACAUCUAUGGACAGAAGGUUUGGGGCCUGGCAGAAGCUUUGGUGUCUGUGGGAUAUGAAUAUGAGAUGUGCCCUGAAUUUAUUCUCUGGGAACAAAGGACAGUCGUUUUGCAGGGCUUUGAGAUGGAUGCAUCUAACCUAGGAGGCUGGUCCUUGAAUAAGCAUCAUAUUUUUAAUCCUCAAAGCGGAAUUAUUCAUAAAGGAAAUGGAGAAAAUAUGUUCAUUUCCCAGCAGCCCCCAGUCAUAGCUACCAUAAUGGGCAAUGGACACCAAAGGAGUGUAGCCUGCACUAACUGCAAUGGUCCAGCCCAUAACAACAAACUCUUUGCUCCUGUCGCCUUAGCUUCUGGUCCUGAUGGUAGUGUGUAUGUUGGAGACUUCAAUUUUGUAAGGCGAAUAUUUCCUUCAGGAAACUCUGUUAGCAUUUUGGAACUAAGAAACAGAGAUACCAGACAUAGCACAAGCCCUGCACACAAGUACUAUCUGGCUAUGGACCCUAUGUCUGAAUCACUCUACCUAUCAGACACCAAUACUCGAAAAGUCUACAAACUGAAAUCUCUCGUGGAAACAAAAGAUCUCUCUAAGAAUUUUGAAGUGGUCGCAGGAACAGGUGACCAGUGCCUUCCCUUUGACCAAAGUCACUGCGGAGAUGGUGGAAAAGCCUCGGAAGCUUCACUGAACAGCCCUCGAGGCAUCACAGUAGAUAGGCAUGGAUUCAUUUACUUCGUGGAUGGGACUAUGAUCCGACGAAUUGAUGGGAAUGCUGUGAUCACAACUGUAAUUGGCUCAAACGGUCUGACUUCUACACAGCCAUUGAGCUGUGACUCUGGAAUGGACAUCACUCAGGUGCGAUUAGAGUGGCCAACAGACCUUGCAGUCAAUCCCAUGGACAAUUCAUUGUAUGUCCUGGAUAACAACAUUGUGCUGCAAAUUUCUGAGAACAGGCGUGUGCGGAUCAUUGCAGGGCGUCCCAUUCACUGCCAGGUGCCCGGCAUCGAUCAUUUCUUGGUCAGCAAAGUAGCAAUUCACUCCACCCUGGAGUCAGCUAGGGCCAUCAGCGUCUCCCACAGCGGGCUGCUCUUCAUCGCUGAAACAGACGAGAGGAAAGUGAACCGCAUUCAGCAAGUGACCACCAAUGGGGAGAUCUCCAUCAUUGCCGGUGCUCCCACUGACUGCGACUGUAAAAUUGAUCCCAACUGUGACUGUUUUUCAGGUGAUGGUGGCUAUGCCAAAGAUGCAAAGAUGAAAGCUCCCUCUUCCUUAGCAGUGUCACCUGAUGGUACCCUCUAUGUAGCAGAUCUUGGCAAUGUUCGAAUUCGUACCAUCAGCAAGAAUCAAGCCCACCUGAAUGACAUGAACCUAUAUGAGAUUGCCUCUCCUGCUGACCAAGAACUCUACCAGUUCACUGUAAAUGGAACGCACCUACAUACCAUGAACUUGAUAACAAGGGACUAUGUUUAUAACUUCACCUACAAUGCUGAAGGUGAUUUGGGUGCAAUCACUAGCAGCAAUGGCAAUUCAGUGCAUAUACGCCGGGAUGCAGGUGGGAUGCCCCUGUGGCUUGUUGUGCCUGGCGGACAAGUCUACUGGCUUACCAUAAGUAGCAAUGGUGUCCUGAAAAGAGUGUCAGCCCAAGGCUACAAUUUGGCCUUGAUGACCUACCCAGGAAACACAGGACUUCUGGCAACAAAAAGUAAUGAAAAUGGAUGGACAACUGUUUAUGAGUAUGACCCCGAGGGACAUCUGACCAAUGCAACUUUUCCUACUGGAGAGGUCAGCAGCUUCCACAGUGACCUGGAGAAGCUGACAAAAGUGGCACUAGACACUUCCAACCGCGAAAAUGUCCUCAUGUCAACCAACUUGACAGCAACCAGCACUAUCUACAUUUUAAAACAAGAAAAUACUCAAAGUACCUAUCGGGUGAGUCCAGAUGGUUCACUACGUGUCACCUUUGCCAGUGGGAUGGAGAUCAACCUCAGCUCGGAGCCCCACAUCCUGGCAGGGGCUGUCAACCCCACUCUGGGCAAAUGCAACAUAUCGUUGCCUGGAGAGCACAAUGCAAACCUCAUUGAGUGGAGACAGAGAAAGGAGCAAAACAAAGGCAACGUUUCAGCUUUUGAGAGAAGACUGAGGGCCCAUAACAGAAACCUACUUUCCAUUGAUUUUGAUCAUAUGACUCGCACGGGGAAGAUCUAUGAUGACCACCGAAAAUUCACUCUUCGAAUUCUUUAUGACCAGACCGGGCGACCUAUUCUGUGGUCUCCUGUGAGCAGAUAUAAUGAAGUGAACAUCACGUAUUCACCUUCAGGAUUAGUCACAUUUAUUCAAAGAGGAACCUGGAAUGAAAAGAUGGAGUAUGACCAGAGUGGAAAAAUAAUCUCAAGAACUUGGGCUGAUGGGAAAAUUUGGAGCUAUACCUACUUAGAAAAGUCUGUGAUGCUUCUCUUACACAGUCAGCGGCGUUACAUCUUUGAGUAUGACCAAUCAGAUUGCCUGCUGUCAGUUACCAUGCCUAGCAUGGUGCGCCACAGCUUACAAACCAUGCUUUCAGUGGGCUACUACCGUAAUAUCUACACCCCACCAGACAGCAGCACCUCUUUUAUCCAAGACUACAGUCGAGAUGGCCGACUGUUACAGACUCUGCAUCUAGGGACUGGGCGCAGAGUUUUAUACAAGUACACAAAGCAAGCAAGACUGUCUGAGAUUCUCUAUGACACCACUCAGAUCACAUUAACAUAUGAAGAGUCUUCUGGAGUAAUUAAGACAAUACACCUGAUGCAUGACGGAUUCAUCUGCACAAUCAGAUACAGGCAAACAGGACCUCUCAUUGGACGUCAGAUUUUCCGAUUCAGUGAAGAAGGUCUUGUGAAUGCACGGUUUGACUACAGUUACAACAACUUUCGUGUCACCAGCAUGCAAGCUGUGAUCAACGAGACCCCUUUGCCCAUAGAUCUGUACCGAUAUGUUGAUGUUUCUGGUAGAACAGAACAGUUUGGAAAAUUCAGUGUAAUUAAUUAUGAUUUAAAUCAGGUUAUAACUACAACAGUGAUGAAGCACACCAAGAUCUUCAAUGCCAAUGGACAAGUCAUUGAGGUCCAAUAUGAGAUCCUAAAGGCAAUUGCCUACUGGAUGACUAUUCAGUAUGAUAAUAUGGGCAGGAUGGUCAUAUGUGAUAUAAGGGUAGGAGUAGAUGCCAAUAUCACAAGGUAUUUCUAUGAAUACGAUGCUGAUGGACAACUUCAAACUGUUUCUGUGAAUGACAAAAUCCAGUGGCGGUAUAGUUACGAUCUGAACGGAAACAUCAACCUUUUGAGCCAUGGGAAUAGUGCUCGUCUUACUCCUCUCCGAUAUGACCUCCGAGACCGCAUCACUAGACUAGGGGAAAUUCAGUAUAAAAUGGAUGAAGACGGUUUUCUGAGACAGAGGGGAAAUGAUAUAUUUGAGUAUAAUUCUAAUGGUCUGCUGCAGAAAGCCUACAAUAAAGUUUCUGGCUGGACUGUACAGUAUUACUAUGAUGGGCUUGGGCGACGCGUUGCCAGUAAGUCCAGCCUAGGACAGCAUCUCCAAUUCUUUUAUGCAGACCUGGCCAACCCUAUAAGAGUUACUCAUCUGUACAACCACACAAGCGCAGAGAUUACAUCUCUUUAUUAUGAUCUCCAAGGUCACCUUAUUGCCAUGGAGCUAAGCAGUGGUGAGGAAUAUUAUGUAGCCUGUGAUAAUAUGGGCACUCCACUAGCUGUGUUCAGCAGUCGGGGUCAGGUCAUAAAAGAGAUUCUGUAUACACCUUAUGGUGACAUCUAUCAUGAUACAUACCCUGACUUUGAGGUCAUCAUUGGUUUUCAUGGAGGACUCUAUGAUUUUCUUACUAAACUAGUGCAUCUAGGGCAAAGGGAUUAUGAUGUUGUUGCUGGCAGAUGGACAACGCCUAAUCAUCACAUAUGGAAACAGUUGAACCUUCUUCCUAAACCAUUCAACCUCUACUCCUUUGAGAAUAACUACCCAGUUGGCAAAAUUCAAGAUGUUGCAAAGUAUACCACAGACAUUGGCAGCUGGCUGGAGCUCUUUGGUUUCCAGUUACAUAACGUACUACCUGGAUUUCCCAAACCAGAACUCGAAAACAUGGAAUUAACUUAUGAGCUUCUUCAACUUCAGACAAAAACCCAAGAGUGGGAUCCUGGAAAGAUGAUCCUGGGCAUUCAGUGUGAGCUCCAGAAACAACUAAGGAAUUUCAUUUCCUUGGAUCAGCUUCCUAUGACUCCUCAGUACAAUGAGGGGAGGUGUCUUGAAGGAGGGAAACAGCCGAGGUUUGCUGCUGUCCCUUCUGUCUUUGGGAAAGGUAUCAAAUUUGCCAUCAAAGAGGGCAUAGUGACAGCUGAUAUUAUAGGAGUAGCCAAUGAAGAUAGCAGGCGUCUUGCUGCCAUUCUCAACAAUGCUCAUUACCUGGAAAACCUGCAUUUUACCAUAGAAGGGAGGGACACUCACUACUUCAUUAAGCUCGGGUCUCUGGAGGAAGACCUGGUGCUCAUCGGUAACACUGGGGGGAGGCGGAUUCUGGAGAAUGGUGUUAAUGUCACUGUGUCUCAGAUGACGUCAGUGUUGAAUGGGAGGACUAGACGGUUUGCAGAUAUCCAACUGCAGCACGGAGCUCUGUGCUUCAAUAUCCGGUAUGGAACGACUGUCGAAGAGGAGAAGAACCAUGUGUUGGAGAUGGCCAGACAGCGCGCAGUGGCCCAGGCCUGGACUCAGGAGCAGAGGAGGUUACAGGAAGGGGAAGAAGGGACUCGGGUAUGGACAGAGGGAGAAAAGCAGCAGCUUUUGGGCACCGGGAGGGUGCAGGGGUAUGAUGGGUAUUUUGUCUUGUCUGUUGAGCAGUAUUUAGAACUUUCAGACAGUGCCAACAAUAUUCACUUCAUGAGACAGAGUGAAAUAGGCAGGAGGUAACAAAAGAAAUCUCUGCCUUUGCGUCACCAAAGACUGCCUGUUUUUAAAACAAAACAAAACAAAACAAAACAAAAAAAGGUUUAUUGUAUUGGUUUUCUAGAUCAGAACUCUGUAUAUGUAAAUAUGGAGGAAAAACAUAUCCAACUGCCUUUCAAUGUGACAGAAGAUGGUAUUUUAAUAUUGUUUGUUUAAACUCUUUAAGAAAAAUGACAGAGAUUUUUAGUUCUCGUGUGGCAGUAUUCAAAAGAACACAAGCUGAACUCAAACAGCUAACCCAAAUGUUUUCAAAAAGCACCACGUUCAAUUUGUUGAGCCAUGCUUAUGUUCAACCACAUAUAAAGAACCCAAGGCUCUCAAUUUCUAUUGUGACACCAAGGUUCACAUUGAAUUGUUGGCAGAACUUACAGGCUACUUUAAAAUGUGGUGCAAUAGUAUUUAAUCCUUGCAUCUCAAAAGACUGCCAGCCCCUUCACAUUGUCCAAAUCUGUUCUAGGAAACUUAAAAGGAAAUCUAAAAUGUCUUCAAACACCAUCUCCUGGAGUCAGAAACUGUUUUCCCUCCUUUUCUGAUUUUUCCUCCUUGCCUGUUAAAAAGUAAAUGCCAUGUUGUUGUGCUGUGUUUUGGCGUGUGAUGGCUGGCUUCAGUCUACCAUCCCUUACUGUGAGUGCAGUAAGCAGGCUGGAGAGCCGCUGAUUUGCUUGUGUGUACGUGAUACCAAAGCAGCUGGUCGAUGUGACCUCUCUCACAUAAUCUGUUUUGACUCAAUUUUUUCUCCAUUUGCCCAGCUGUAUUGGCAUCGUGUAAACAUAGCUUUUAGUAACCUGGGUAGGAAUUUCUCCUUUAUAUAUAGGAUGUGCUUUGGUCAUAGUUUCACAUUAGUAAUUCAGUAUUUAUACACUAAUCCAAUGGUUUGUGCACAUGAAAGGUAAUAUACUAAAAUGGAUGGUUCUGAUACAAGAAAAGAGGCUUUAACAGGUCUAUGUGCCUGUGAAGCUGAGAAACAUAUUAACUACUGCUGCAGAAAUUCCUGAGAGCCAAAACCUUAGAAACAAUAGACCUUGCAUUACAGUGAAAAUGAGAUGAAAGCCAACAUAACUAUAGUUGCUGCCUCAUCAUUUCCUCCCACUUAGAGUCAUCUUUCAAAUGUACGAUUUUGUAUUGAAUCUCUCCCAGCCAUAUGCAGAAAAUUGAAUUAAGUGAAUCCUUUCCAACUUAAAGCAUUUCAUCUAAUUACCGAGGGGCAGACUAGUUUUUCACCAAUGUAAUUUAUGUGAUUAGUUUACUUCUCUGUCUUUAAUCCACAUAUGUUUGUUUCAUAAUUUUUCCACCUUGGAAAAUAACUAUUUUCAGGAGGGGUUGUUUGUUCCAUAGUCACUCAAAAUUUAGAGACAUGUCAGGGUUAAUAUUAAUAGCUGCUGCAGUUUUCUCAAUCUCUUAUGAAUCCUGCAGUAAAAGAAGCCACUUGGUGAGCUGAGAGAUUUGUGCCCAUUGACAAAGAGGCAGUUUAUAAAAUGCUGUGUAAUUGCAAGUUGCUGCAAAUGAAAAUUCAUGACAGCACAGUGUGCCCAGUAGAAAAUUCCCAGGAGCCAGCUUCCACCCUCGCAUCACCCGAUGAACAUUUGCUAUGUCUGGAGGAGAAUUUAUGAUUGACUGUUCAUUUAGAUUCUUUCCAGCUACUACCUAAAUACAAUAUGGGGUCAUUGGCCUGCUUGUAAUGACAGUUGCAUUGAAAAUAUGCAAAGUCAGAGUCCAGGCUCAUGUUAAGAUGAUUUCCUUUUUUUAAGAAUCUGACUCUCAUUAUACAAAGAAUGAGGGAGAGGGACCCCAGCAAAUAGUAGGGGAGGGCGUAUUGAAAUAUAUCAUUGUGAAAACCUUCAGGUUCAGAUCAUCACAUACAUGCAGUGAGAACAGGGGAGGAAGAGAGAGAGAAUCCAUAAUGAACUCAUCAUUUAUCUUUGUAAUUGGAAGCACAGCAGCUCAAGAUAUUGUUAAUCCAGACUAAAAUCCCAGGGUAGGGUUUUCCCCGAAUCAGGCUUGUGUCCUCAGUACAGUAUUCACAAUGGAAUAUUUACAAGUUUUGCAAACAUGUUGAAAAUUUGAAUACCUCCACACCAACCUAAAAAUAGAUCUUAAGUUCCUAGAACCUCUGACAUUCUUUGAAGUCAAUGGGAAAAUAAUUUGUUAACUGUACAUAAAAGUGCAUUCUUAAAUGUGGUGUAUUUGUAUCACUAACCCAAUGUGUCAAUCUUGGAGCCUAUUUUGCUUCUAUUUUAAGUGAUUGCGCUAUUUUGCAACUCACUAGUGAUGUAUCAUUUUCAAACCGAUUUAAAUAUCCAUUAGGAAGAAAUAUUUGGAACUAUUCCUUAAUAGUAAUUACCUUGAACUGUGCAAUUCUAGUUUGUAAUAUGUAUUUAGUUAGUUUGUGCCUUUGGUUACCUAAAGUUAUAUUUGUAUUAUAUUCAGGAAAUGCACUUUUUAUCACUUACAACUGUGGUUUUAAUACUGCCUUGAAAUAUUAUUGUUCUCUUUACAACUCCUAAAGUUUUGAGGAGGAAAAGAAAAAAAAAAACCAAAAGGUUUUUAGUAUAACAAGUUGCAAAUCAAAGAGAAACAUUUUGGCAUUUCAUAAAAAGAACAUGGAAAUAUUAAGUAUAUUGCUUCCUGUUGGCAGGGUAAGAAGGAUUGCUUUCACUGAGUUUUAGUUCUGAAGUUUGAAUGAGAGGACAAAUCAUUUGUGUUUCCUGAUGACAGUGCAGCUUUGAAGGGAAAAGAAAUGCAUGAAAUUUCUCACAUGCAAAAGACAGGUGGCUCACAUGACACAGCUACAUACCACUCAAGCAGGUUAAAGUGAGAAGAUAGUAUUUGAUGCUCCUGUGAGGAACAUUCUGGGAGGGAUACAGGAAAUACUCUGUGAUUGCUUCUUUUCCUUAGGCCCAUUUCAUUGGUGUGAUUUUGGGUUUGAACUUGAUUUACUGUUGCACUCUAGAGAUCCAAAUGAGCUGAAAAGUUCAAAGGUUAAGAGGUAUUUAAAUCCAACUAUUUUCAGUUGUCAUUCCAACCGCUGUUGAUUAGAAGCAAGAUUCUGGAAGGAAAGAGGAAUACUGCUCAAUUCACUCUCUCACCAGAACACUUGCCAUAGAAAUAAGCAUAUGUUUUAUUUUUCAACCCAGCAAAAUAAUGUAUAAAAUAAGGAUGCCAUUUAUUCUCAAGCCACCUAGGAGUUCUAUAAUAUAUAGACUGCAUAUAUAUGAAAUAAUAUAUACAACAUAGCCAAAUAUAUGAAAACUUGACAAUGUAUAAUUUGCAAUUCACAUACUACCUACAUAGAGAGGUAUAACAUUCCGUUACAACUUCCCUUAGAAUUUUAGUUUCCAUCACUUAUUUCUGCAUUUCCUUUUUCUCUUGCUUUCCCACCAGACCUGUUCCCACAGUAACUUUACCAGAGAGUCCAGGCAAAGUUUUUGCGUUUCUGCAGAUUUGUUUGUGUUAAGGUCAAUUUAGUUCAAUUGCGAUGAAAAGCAGAAGUAUAAUCAUAAAGUAUCAAGAAAAAUUGGAGGGAAUGGAGUGUAUCAUAGCUUGUAGGGAAACAUGUGGCUAUAGAUUGGGUGUACCAUUCUUGUUUUCUUGGAGGAACACACAUAUACAUAGAGACCUGCCUGAUACUUCAGAUCUCAGACUGCUCUUCCACAGCCUUCUGUAAGGUUCUUUAUUCUGCAAAGAAAAGAAAACAAACAAAAAAAGAGCAAAAGAACAAAAACAGAAAAAAAGAGAAAAACAAAACAAAACAAAAAAACAGUAAUAAUUCAACCACAAAACGGUGACUUAUUUCAGUGUGUCCUUUGUGUGAAAGCUGUUAAGGACCAAAUAUACUACUGUGUUACUGUGUAUAAGAAGAAAUCGCUUCCUAAACAGUAAUUGAACAUACUUAGAGUUAAACUUGCUGUGGAUUUUGUCUUGGCAGUUGUCAUCUUACAUUAUUUGUCAAAGGAAAUGUGUUUGGCAGUUAAAAAUCUUUCCUUAGAUUUAGUGGUGGACUUUAACCUCUUAAAUAAAUGUUAGUAUAUCAGAUUGUGUCCUUGAAAAAUAUUUUACGUGUAUGAAUCAUGACAGUGUCUAAAUCUUUACUGUUCUUCUGGCAAAAGCAUCAGUAAGAGAAACGGUGAAAAGGAGAAGUCCAGCCUUUCUGUCAGAAAAGGACUCUUUUUAGCUGCUUCCUUUCUCAUGAAAAGUAAAGAUGUUUACAGUGUAUGCCAAGAUUUUCAGUUUCUAUGUAACAACAGUUAGAGGUUCUAAUCAUACUGAAAAUUGUGUUCUAAUGGCCUGAGCCGUGUUGCUAGGAAACAAUAGGUUCCAAUUUUGUAUUCCUGCUCUCCUGUGCUGAAAAGUGACUGGAUACUGUACAGGUUCAUGUUCUCUGGCUGCAGUUCCAUGGUCUUUUGCAUUUUGCUCUGGCUUUCAGGCCAGAAGCAUGCAUUUUUUUCUACAAGAGCAUCACAACAACAUGCUGUAAAUACUUAAAAGUUAAACAUUAUGUGUCAAUAUUUGAAAGAAAAGUACUUUGAAUAUUUCAUUUUUAAAAAAUAAAAUCGCAAAUGAA